CCCGGGCGCCUGUGUGCGUGCGUGCGCUCGCCCUUGGGCUCUCCUGUCUAUGUGCGCCUCGGGCUUCCAAUCGUUCCUUUGGGAAAGGGAGGAGAGGCGGUGAGGAGUGAGACAGGCAGGCGAGCAGAAGAGCAGGGAGGGGGAGCGGGAGGGGGAACCUGGCCGGGGAGGAGGAGAGAGAGAGGCGAGGAGGCGGCUCUGGCAGCGCGCGGCGGCGGCGGCGGCGGCAGCAGCGGCAGCGGCGGCGCGGAGAGCUCGGACUGGGAGCCCAGAGCUCGGCUGGGCAGCGGGAGAGGAGGAGCCGCAGAAUCGCAGCUUUGCCAGCUUGGGCCAAGCCUACAGACACCAGCCUGGCUGAUCCACGCCAGCCGCAGACCGAGACUGAGAAUGGAGCUGUCCCCUCGCAGCCCUCCCGAGAUGCUGGAGUCGGAUUGUCCGUCACCCCUGGAGCUGAAGUCAGCCCCCAGCAAGAAGAUGUGGAUUAAGCUUCGGUCUCUGUUGCGCUACAUGGUGAAGCAGUUGGAGAAUGGGGAGGUGAACAUCGAGGAGCUGAAGAAAAACCUGGAGUACACGGCUUCUCUGUUGGAGGCCGUCUACAUAGAUGAGACACGGCAAAUCUUAGACACGGAGGAUGAGCUGCAGGAGCUACGGUCAGAUGCUGUGCCUUCGGAGGUUCGAGACUGGCUGGCCUCCACCUUUACCCAGCAAGCCCGAGCCAAAGGCCGGCGAGCGGAGGAGAAACCCAAGUUUCGAAGCAUCGUGCACGCAGUGCAGGCUGGGAUCUUUGUGGAACGGAUGUUCCGAAGAACGUACACAGCUGUGGGUCCCACCUAUUCCACUGCGGUCCUCCACUGUCUUAAGAAUUUGGACCUCUGGUGCUUUGAUGUCUUUUCCUUGAACCGGGCAGCAGAUGACCACGCCCUGAGGACCAUUGUUUUUGAGCUGCUGACUCGGCAUAGCCUCAUCAGCCGCUUCAAGAUUCCCACUGUGUUUCUGAUGACUUUCUUGGAUGCUUUGGAGACAGGCUAUGGGAAGUACAAGAAUCCUUACCACAACCAGAUUCAUGCAGCUGACGUUACCCAGACAGUCCACUGUUUCUUGCUCCGCACAGGGAUGGUGCACUGCCUGUCAGAGAUUGAGGUCUUGGCCAUCAUCUUUGCUGCAGCCAUCCACGACUAUGAGCACACAGGCACCACCAACAGCUUCCACAUUCAGACCAAGUCAGAAUGUGCAAUCCUGUACAAUGAUCGCUCAGUGCUGGAGAACCACCACAUCAGUUCUGUCUUCCGAAUGAUGCAAGAUGACGAGAUGAACAUUUUCAUUAACCUCACCCGGGAUGAGUUUGUAGAGCUGCGUGCCCUGGUCAUUGAGAUGGUGUUGGCCACAGAUAUGUCCUGCCAUUUCCAGCAAGUGAAGUCCAUGAAGACAGCCUUGCAGCAGUUGGAGAGGAUUGACAAGCCCAAGGCCCUAUCACUAUUGCUCCAUGCUGCUGACAUUAGCCACCCAACCAAACAGUGGUCAGUCCACAGCCGCUGGACCAAGGCCCUCAUGGAGGAAUUCUUCCGUCAGGGUGACAAGGAGGCAGAGCUGGGCCUGCCCUUCUCGCCUCUCUGCGAUCGCACUUCCACCCUGGUGGCACAGUCUCAGAUCGGUUUCAUUGACUUCAUUGUGGAGCCCACAUUCUCUGUACUCACUGAUGUGGCAGAGAAGAGUGUGCAACCCCAGGGGGAUGAUGACGCCAAGUCUAAAAACCAGCCCAGCUUCCAGUGGCGUCAGCCUUCUCUGGAUGUGGAAGUGGGAGAGCCCAACCCUGAUGUGGUCAGCUUCCGCUCCACUUGGACCAAGUACAUUCAGGAGAACAAGCAGAAAUGGAAGGAACGGGCAGCAAGUGGCAUCACCAAUCAGAUGUCCAUUGAUGGGCUGUCCCCAUGUGAGGAGGAAGAGGCCCCAUCCUCUCCUGCUGAAGAUGAGCACAACCAGAAUGGGAAUCUGGACUAGCCCUGGGGUAGCCCAGGUUCUCAUUGAGUCUAAAGUCUUCGAUGUCAUCAGCACCAUCCAUCGGGACUGGCUCCCCCAUCAGCUCCAAGGGAGCCCAGAGGUCGUGGAACAGAUAACCCACUGAAGGCCAAAUACCAGAGAUUGUGGGGUUGGGGGAGGGGCCCCUCCCCACCUGAAGCCCAUUGGGACACUCUUUAAUCUCCUGGCAGCAAGACUGGGAAACUUCCGGCUCCCAGUGGUCACUGUGCCCAUCCCCCUGCUUCUGGACUUCCCCCUUGGUCAAUUGUCUGGCUAGGAGGGGGAGCUUCCCAGAGGUUUCCCAGGGCUUGUGGGGAGGGUCAGAGAUGCCAGCCCCCCUGGCCUUCCCCCAUCCUUUUUGCCUCCAAGUUUCUAAGCAAUACAUUUUGGGGGUUCCCUCAGCCCCCCACCCCAGAUCUUAGCUGGAAGGUCUGGGUCCCCCUUCUCCCCUGGGAGAGGCUGGAAUAGGACAGAAAGCUGAGGGUUUUCAGAGCCCUUACAUUUGGGAAGGGAAGUGGGCUCCUUCAGGGCAUAGUACCUUUUUUAGGGCCUUUGAAUGGGGGACAUCCUUUUCACCCCAGACCUGCACUGCUUCAGUUCAAUCCCCAGCUGGUCCCUCUAUAGUCUUCUCUGUCCCCUGUUCCUAAAUGGAGACUGAGGAAGAGAGGAGCUGCUGGGGCUAGGGACUGAAGGGAGUCUUUCUGGACUCCUUAGGAGUUUAGGAUUGGUCUGUGGCCCCGGGACUUGUCACCUGUUCUGGCUAAGUUCUGAGCCCUUUGCUUCCUGCCUUUCCCCACUGGGACUGGGAGGCUCCCAUCCGACCAAUGUCUGUAACGUGCUUUGAGGUCUCCCCAGCAAAGCACCUUCAGGAUGUAUCUUAUGAGCAGCACAGGCAGGAAACCAGUUGAGGGGGUCAGGGGUGCAGUGGGGAGGGUGAGGUAUAAUCCAAUAAUUCGGUGUUGUUACAGAGAAGGUCCCUCUUCUCCUCCAACCCCCUGAACUGGCCCAGGUGUAGGCACCAAGAGGCCCUUCCUUCCCCUGGGACAAAUGGAGAGUGGCUGGUGGAAGGCUGAUGGGGGAGGGCCUCAGGGCUACUACUGUCAAGGCCUCUGAAUGGAGCCUAGCCAGGCCAAUGCCCAUUCCUCUCCUCAGGCUUCUCCUUGCCCCCUCCUUGCCCCAAGGUAGGCCAAAGUCCAGGUGACUGCCCUCCUCCUUUCUUGUAAAUACCAACCAUGCAUUUGUACAGUGGGCUCUGUUCGUGUGAAGUCCAUAUCCAUGGUCCCUGACACUUGUCCUUCCCACCCCACCCCACGUGGGGCAGAGACGCAUGUGAUUCACUCCUGCCAUUGGUCUCCCAGACUCCUGUUAUAGCCAGAGAUCAAUAAAGAAAGGAGAC